UGCUGUCGUCAGUCCUCGCUAGUUAGCCGUUUGUUGUGUUUUAUUUGAUCAUUGAUGAGUUGCGAAUAGUUUCGCGAAAAGAUAGUACCUACUUAAUUAAUAAUAAAUGAAUAUUGAGCACACACACACACUAACAAAGUAAUCAAAGAAAAGACAGUAUUAUGAUACGUGUAUGCAUAUUUAGAGACAAAACGGAAAAAGAUGGGAUUGUUUUGUGCCUCGAAGACAGUAUGGACAGCUUUAAGCUGCAGAUAUCUUCACAAUUUGAUCUCUCAGAGAAAAGCUUUAAAUUAUUUUUAUUAAACGGCUGUGAAGUAACAGAUUUGAGAAGUUUGAGAGAUGAGGACAAGAUAUACUUGUCAUUAGAUUGCAACGAAGCCAGCAUUAAGUGUGAUGAAUUAGAGGUAUCGCAACAAAGUUGUAGCACAAGAGACAGGACGGUGUCUGACUGGAUAAGGUUAAAUGUAGGAGGAAAACUGUUCAUGACGUCACGGUCUACCUUAUUGGUCAAGGAGCCCUUAUCAAUGCUCGCGCGAAUGUUUGCUGAUGACAAUAAUGUAUAUCUCAUGAAUCCCAGUGCAAAAGAUGAAACUGGGGCCUAUUUGAUAGAUAGAAGUCCCGAAUAUUUUGAGCCUAUCCUUAACUAUCUUAGACACGGUCAGGUGAUACUUGAUAAAAACAUUAAUCCACAAGGAGUAUUGGAAGAAGCUAUUUUCUAUGGCAUAGACUCUAUGAUACCACAGCUAAACCAACUUGUGGAGCAGUCCAAAAGCAGACAUGACAACAACCAGUCGCUGACAAGAAUGGAUGUGGUACGGUUAAUAAUUACCACUCCGACUAGUUCAGAAUUAAGGUUUCAGGGUGUCAAUCUAUCUGGAGCAGAUUUAAAUAGAUUAGACCUUAGGAAUAUUAAUUUUAAAUAUGCAUGUCUAUCAAGAUGCAAUUUAAGUGGAGCAAACUUGUCUCACUGUUGUUUAGAGCGAGCUGAUUUGUCACAUGCAAACUUAGAAGGGGCACACCUCUUGGGUGUUAAAGCGUUGUGUGCCAAUAUGGAAGGUGCUAUUUUAAAAGGAUGUAAUAUGGAAGAUCCAGCUGGGUCGCGAGCUGUUAUGGAAGGGGUAAAUUUAAAAGGUGCGAAUUUAGAAGGCAGUAACAUGGCAGGCGUCAACCUACGUGUAGCAACACUGAAGAAUGCCAACCUUCAGAAUUGUGAUCUGAGAGCUGCUGUUUUGGCGGGAGCUGAUUUAGAGUGUUGCGAUUUAUCAGGAAGCGAUUUACAUGAAGCAAAUCUACGAGGAGCGAACUUAAAGGAUGCGGCCUUUGAACUUAUGUUGACUCCACUUCACAUGUCUCAAACUAUACGUUAAUUGGCAGAGUUCUAUUUAUUUAAUUUGUUAUGUCAAAUUUUGUGAUAUUAUUUAUGAAGUAUUAAAAAUAUUAUUUAA